GGUCGCCUCGAGUUUACAACGUUUCCCUCCGCCCGAGAAGCAUCGCUCUGCCUCUCUCGUCAUUUUUUUUAAAGAGGGAAAAUAGCCCCGUCAAAGCCUCCGCCAGAAUGUCUUACGCCCCGAAGUCCAAGGUGCAGAAGGUGAUGGUCCUGCCCAUCAACCUUAUCUUCAGAUUCCUCCAGUCACGUGCCAGAGUGCAGGUCUGGCUCUACGAGAACCAGAACCUCCGCAUUGAAGGCCACAUCAUUGGCUUCGACGAGUACAUGAACGUGAUGCUGGACCAGUCCGAGGAAGUGCACAUGAAGAAGGGCACCAGGAAAACCAUCGGUCGCAUCUUGUUGAAAGGAGACAACAUAACCUUGAUUCAAAAUACGCAGCCAGAUGGAACGAGCAUGUAGGCGAGAAGAAACCGAUACAAGAAUUUUUAUUUUAUUAUAGAAAAACUAAGUUAUAUAUAAGUUUUUUUUUUUACAUCCAAGUUAUGUAUUGAUUCUUUUCUUAUGUUAUGAUAACUUGAAUGGAAGAUUUUCCCUCUUUUUUUUAUAUUAUUAUAUAUAGUUAGGACAGAAAUGGAAGACAGUUUUAAUUUAACCAUGAAUAAUUUUAAAAGGUUAUUCCCUUCUGUAUUGAAGCCCAGCAAGCCAGAUUCACACAGCAUAAAAUUUAGAUCCUUUUUUGUUUGUUUGUUUGACUUUUGAACAGUUGAUAAAAGAUUUCCAUGCAAUGCAAGUCCGAGUUUUAUUGAAGUAACUGGUUGAAUUAUAUUUUGCAUAUUCAGAUUAGAACAGUCAUUUUUGUAAUGUUUUUGCAUUUGUGUUGAUGAGAACCAAUUAUUUUUCUCACCAUUGAAUAAAAGAUGAAAAGGAAUAUUUAUGUUAAAUGUUUCUUGUAAUGCCAGUGAACAUUUUGUAAUUACCCACAUCAACCCUGUUUUGUAAUAAAAUGUUAAAAUCUAUA